AUGAGAAUGCUUGUAAACAAGGUGCAGUGCAUCUGGGUUCUACGUCAGAACGGCGCCUCCUGCGUCAACAAUACCACACGCAUGUGUCGUGGUACUCCCAGUUCUCACCUGGCGAUGAUUGACACUUUAAUGAUGUCGUACACAGUUGAAAUGGUCAGUGUGGAGAGAGUGCUGACCUGCAUACAGAAAUUUACUCCGUUUCUUCCUGAGGAGGACUUCCCUUAUGACGCUGAAGAGGCAAUAACCACUUGGAUCAGUAAGGUAAAUGAACAUCUGAGAGACAUUUUGGCGCAAGAAAAAAUAGUUAAAGAUGCAAACGAAGCCUUCAUUCUUCAAAAGGGGCGGUACAGGAGAGAGGACUCUAAAGCACGUCUGACUCUUUGUCUCUCCCUGGUGGACAAUCUCCUGAAGGACAACACGGACGGCUGUGCACUGGCUGCACUGCUGCACUUCUACUGUCCUGAUGCUGUGCCACUGGAAGAUAUCUGUGUCAAAGAAACGAUGUCAUUGGCUGACAGUCUGUACAAUCUCCAGCUGAUCCAGGAGUUCUGCAGAGAAAACCUCAACAACUGCUGUCACUUCACCCUGGAGGACAUGCUGUACGCCUCCAGCACCAUCAAGGUAAACCUGACGUCA